GGCUUGAUUUUGACAUCCACACACCGCACACACUUUCGUUUUGCUCGCUCGUUUGUUCGCUCAUUCGCUCGUUUGCUCGAUUUACACAAUUGCUGUUCGGGUUUUCUGUGCAAAUUCUCAGCGUGUAUUUCUAAACUAAAAAAUCAAAACUUAUCUAAACAAUCACAAUGUCGGACGAAUCAUUCUUUGGUGUCACACUCACUGGCCAAGAUAGUACAGUAUCAUGGGAUGUGCUUUCCGAUGAUGACUUUCCCCGCGGACAAAGGCUCAUCAUCAAACAGAUUUUGUUGGGCGCUGAAGCGAAAGAAGACGAGUUUAACGUAGUUGAGGUGCACACAGUUAAGGACUCCCUGAAGAUACCAAUCGCCGUGUUAAAGGCUGGCGAAACACGCGCUGUUAAUCCCGAUGUGGAAUUUUUCGAAACAUCGGUGACAUUUAAAUUGAUUAAAGGCAAUGGACCUGUCUACAUAAUGGGCCAGAAUAUUAAGGACGACGUUGUCGAUAUCGAGGACGAAGAAACUGACGAGGAGACUGGUGAGGAGGAAGAAGAGGAGGCACAACCCCAAAAGAAGAAGCAAAAAGUGGAAAAUAAUUCCGAUAGCAAAAAUGCUAAAAAUAAGAAGAAAUAAACAUGUUUUUUAGCAGUCACAAAACAAAAAUCCUAUACAUUCUUCAAAUUAAUUAUUGAUUUUAAGCUAAACUGAUGACUAACAAAACAUCAAUUAUAUAAGAUUGUAUCAGUUCCUCCUCAGUUAAGUUUUAUGUUUUCCUGAUUUUUUAUAUACUAUAAUUUUACUCCAUUUACCUCAGUGAUUUCUUAAUAUUUAUAUACGACUAGUUCUUGACAAAACUUAAUAGAGAUGGUAACUGGCUCGCAGACCAGACAUUAAGAACUCAUUGCCAAUUUAAUUUCGUUUGUUCAUUUAUGACACUUCUCAACAAGUAGUUUUAGACAGCGCCAAUGCGUUUUAAAUAUUUAGGAAACCAAGUAAAAUCAGUUUGCGCUGUUAAUAAUCAGCGUUUUGGCAGGGAUGCUUUCUAUAGGCACUGAGCAAUAACCAUUGAGAAAUGAUUCCAUAUUCACUUUAACACUAAUUGUAAUGCAUACGUAAUUGCAGCUAUAAUUAGAGACUAAAUAUAAACUAAAUAACAUCUUCAUGUAUGUGCGACAACUUGAUUAGCCAACAAAUUACAAUUAGCCAACGUCACCUAAAAACAUUCUAACGUGUAUUAAUAUAAGCCAUUAAUGUUGAAAAAAAGCGCAAAGCUCAGGCAUGAACUUUUGAAGUCUAAAUACUAUAGUCAACUAAAAAUUAACAUUCGAUGGGUGGAUAUAAAUCUUGCAUGCACUAUUGUAAUUUGUACAUACCAACCUAAGUGAUAGAGAAUUGUGGAGAAAUUAACAUGCAUAUAAAUUUGAAUGCAUAUUGCAAACGAAAAAAACAAAAACAAAAUAAAACACAAAAACAAAGGAAAACUUAAUAAAACAAAUAAAGUUUGUUUACUAUUUUUAAAAAUCUAA